UCUGCUUCUUCCCACCUUCUUUUCAUUGACCCUUUUCGGAGGGUUUCCCCCGCCCCCUUCCCCUUCUUUCUUUUUCUAUCUGGCUGACAAAUAUUGCCUCCCCCUCGUUUCUGGCCCUUUAAGGAGGCCCCUUUAAUUCCUUUCCGUUGGCUUCCUUCUUUUUUUUUUUUUGGACGAUUUGGGGCCGUCCCCUCUCCUCCAAGAGAGGGGGAACCGCGAUCCAGUGAAGGUUUUCUUCGACCCUCAGCCUCUUCUAUUACUCCUCCCCGUUUGAAAGUCGGCCAGCUCGCAAGAGCCAAAAUGGCAUCUGGCGUGGAGCUUCUUCGCUUUCAGCUGCCUGGCCACGAGGCGGCCACCCUCCGCAACAUGAACCAGCUGCGCUUUGAGGAGCGUUUCUGUGAUGUCACCAUCGUGGCAGACAGCCUCAAGUUCCGCGGCCACAAAGUCAUUUUGGCAGCCUGCUCCCCGUUUCUGAGAGACCAGUUCCUGCUCAACCCUUCCUCCGAGCUCCAAGUGUCCCUCAUGCACAGUGCCAAAAUUGUAGCUGACCUACUUCUCUCUUGCUACACUGGAGCACUCGAGUUUGCCGUCAGGGACAUUGUGAACUAUUUGACCGCUGCCAGCUACCUCCAGAUGGAGCACGUGGUGGAGAAAUGUCGGAAUGCCCUGUCCCAAUUCAUCGAACCCAAGAUAAACCUCAAGGAGGAAACGUCCAAAUUUGGAGGCUACCGGAAAUUCAAGUCUUCCAGCGUUGUGGGUUGCUCUACCUCAUCCAAUAAAGUGCACUCACGCAAGAGGUCGAUUCAGCGGCCUGUUAAGCUGGAGUUCCCAUUGGAAGAAGAGUUGGAGAUGAAGGCAGAAGAGGAAGAGGAGGAGCAGGAGGAGGAUUUUGGGUAUGAAGACUCUGUCUCUGACAUCUGCAUCGUGAAGAUCGAAUCGGCCAUGGAAGUGGCCCAGCGGCAGAAGAAGCAGCAGCAACAACAGCAGCAGCAGAUGAGCACCAGCUGGAGCAAAGACACAUCGCCUCAGCAAAGCUGGAACAAGGAAAGCUCACCACAGCAAGUUUGGGACAAGGAAUUAUCUCCUUUGCCCGGAUGGGACAAAGCUGAAUCCGGAGACCAGGAAGAACCUCAAGUCAACUCUACGGUGGCAGAAGCCAUUGAGUCUUCUCCAGAGUCUACACCAGAGAAAGCUCAGCACGGUGUGGUCAAGGCCUCCUACAGCCUCUCUGAGGAUGACGUAGGGAAAGGCCUCCUGAUCAUCCCUGGAGGAGGCUAUUUGGAGGAGACCAGCGAGGCAGCAGCCGUUGCGGCCGAGUGCCAGAGCAGCAGCGGUGGGAUGGGGCUGGUCCUCGCAGGACUGAGCGGCCGUCCUUUCUCCACCUUUCCUGCGGUUGGGAGAGGGGGCAGUUCGGGAACCCUUGGGGGCGGUAGCGGGAUCUCUAGGAUCAUCUGCUGCACCAAAUGUGAGGAAGUCUUCCAAGGGGUGGAGAAGCUGGUCUUCCACAUGCGGGCCCAUCACUUCAUUUUCAUGUGCCCUCGGUGUGGCAAGCAGUUCAACCACAGCAGCAACCUCAACCGUCACAUGAAUGUCCACCGUGGGGUGAAGUCCCACUCCUGCACCAUCUGCGGGAAGUGCUUCACCCAGAAGUCCACGCUGCACGAUCACAUGAACCUCCACAGUGGCGAGAGGCCCUACCGCUGCUCCUACUGCGACGUGCGCUUUGCCCACAAGCCCGCCAUUCGCCGCCACCUCAAGGAACAGCACGGCAAGACCACGGCGGAGAACGUCAUGGAGGCCAGCGUGACCGAGAUCAACGUCCUCAUACGUUGAAGGAGGAGGAAGUCGGGUAGCGGUGGGAAGUAGAAAAAGGGGGGAGGGGACUCCUGAGCUCUUGAGGGAGGGGCGUGGGCUGUAGGGAUUAGUUGUAGGGGUAACGAGCCAGGAUCCCCGAGUUUUGUGGGAUAGGAUUAGUGCUAGUGUGAUAGAGGGUGGAAGCCCUGGAUUCUUUGGAUGGGUGUGGGAAGGGCCUAGUGGAUUAGCAGAGUAGACCGUACAUGAAGUGAAGCUCCUGGAUAGUCCGGGAAGUGAACAGGAUCUAAUUAGUUCGAAUAGAAGGCAUGAGGAGACGGGAUUCCUGGGAUCUGUCCUCAUCCAUCACUCCAGAAGACAAGCUCAGGAUCCAAAAAGAUCUUGACAAGACU